CGAGGAACCGCGGGCCCCAUCCGGGCCCAUUCGGUGUCCCUCGCGGGUGAGCAGAACGCUGAAACCCUCGUCCCUCCUCCUCGAGUGUGAAAGCGGCGGUCGUAGCAAACGAAUACACAGUGGAAUUUCUUUUCUCACUUCUCACCGUAAGCUCUCAACUUCCCCCAAAAAUGCCGGCUUUAUUUCUAGGGUUUGUGUUCUUGAUCUCUCUUCUUCGAUCUCAUCAGUCACUCGCGAUCGCAGGAGAUUGCCCCUUAGAUUUUAGUUGGUCGAAUUUUACCCUACCAGCAUCUACAUGUUCAAAUCCGAACGAAAGAGGACAAUGCUGCCGCUAUAUCAACGCGCUCGUUGCUAUUUCUGUUUCUAAUUACGCAAAUGCCACCGGCAAGCUCGGAGUUCCACCAGCGUUUUCAGACGAUUGCUUGAAUUCUAUAUCGAAAACCUUUACUUCAUAUGGGAUUCCUGCUAGUGCCAUUACGUUUUGUGGGCUGGGUCCUAAAAUUAGAGUUAACUAUCAGUGUGAGGGGAGAGAGACUGUGUUGGAAAUGAUGCAGUCGCCGAACUUUCUUGAUGUUAGGAAGAGUUGUGAGAUGUCGCUUUCGGUGGAGAGUAGUUGUAGGACUUGCUUGAACUCGGGGAUUGAGUAUCUUCAUCGGCUUAUAGGAGGGGAUGAUAAUGUUACAUUGAGUGUUUGUAGGAAUGCUGUUUUUGUCGUUCUUGCGAAUCAAGGUGGUGAGUCGUCUGCUGUUGAUAUGGCUGGCUGCUUCUUUGGUGUCAAAGGGCUCGGUGUUGCCUCAGAGCCAUCUUCCACAUCAUUGGUGCCUGCAGCUUCUCCGGGUCAAGCUUCGCUGAGCCCUCCCUUUGUUCAAGAUCCUGCUCAGAACCUAACUGCUAUGUCACUGAAGAAACACCACAAAGUGUACCACUUAAAGUUGCUUCUUGGAAUUAGUACUGCAGUUCUGGGAAUAGCUAUUCUAAUGCUGCUGAUUUUAGUAAUACUAAUUCGCAAGAAAGCUAAGGAAUUCAGGAAAGAAGAUACUAUUAAUGAUACAUCCUGGAAUGCCCUUCCACCUCCUCAAGCCCGGAAAUUUCAAGAUGGUGCACCAUAUACUUUCCAAAGAUUCAGCUACAAGGAGACGAAGAAAGCUACUGGAAAUUUCAGUACUUUCAUAGGAAAAGGAGGUUUUGGAACCGUCUUCAAGGCACAGUUUGAUGAUGGUUCUAUAGCUGCUGUAAAGAGGAUGGAUAAAGUCUCAAAGCAAGGUGAGGAAGACUUCUGCAGAGAGAUGGAACUCCUAGCUAGACUUCACCAUCGCCAUCUUGUUUCUCUCAGAGGAUUCUGUAUCGAGAAAAAUGAGAGAUUUCUGGUGUACGAGUACAUGGAAAAUGGAAGCCUCAAAGAUCAUCUGCACUCACCAGGGAGAAAACCAUUGAGCUGGCAGGCUAGAUUACAAGUCGCCAUCGACGUGGCAAAUGCUCUGGAAUACCUCCAUUUCUAUUGUAAUCCUCCCCUCUGCCACAGAGACAUAAAGUCCAGUAAUAUUCUUUUGGAUGAGAAUUUUGUUGCUAAGGUUGCUGAUUUUGGCCUUGCACAUGCUUCCAGAAGUGGGGCAAUAAGUUUUGAACCAGUGAGCACAGAUAUUCGGGGAACUCCAGGGUACAUGGAUCCUGAAUACGUGGUAACUCAAGAGCUAACAGAAAAGAGUGACAUAUACAGCUACGGCGUGUUAUUACUUGAACUCUUAACAGGAAGGAGAGCUAUACAAGAUAACAGAAACAUAGUUGAAUGGUCCCAGAAGUUCAUCGCGUCAGAGUCUAGACUACCAGAACUAGUUGAUCCUAGAAUCGGCGAAUCAUUUGAAAUGGAACAGCUCCAGAUGCUAGUAGGAAUCAUACAGUGGUGCACUCAAAGAGAAGGGCGAUCAAGGCCAUCAAUCAAGCAAAUUCUCAGGGUUUUGUCAGAGAGUUUAGAUCCCAUUAAUGACGAUGGCCAAUGCAGUGGUUUGGGGGAGAUCAGUAGCAGAUUUAUGGCACGCCGUAGUGAAGUUAUUCCUAAUAGUGGAGAUACAAGAUGUCUUAUGUCUUCUUCAAGUACUUCGAGAUCUUAUUGUAGUCGGAGCGUUUUGCUUGAGACUGGUUCGCCUCAAUCGCCUCCUGGAACUUUCUCUGUUUGAGUUUUGUUUGGUGUUCUUAUGGGUAGGGUUUUAGUUAAAAGUAUUCUUUACAAUCUGGCAAUUUUUUUGAUACGUAGGUGCGGAAGCUAAAGUGGCUUCUGGUUUUGUCUU